UGGUGCUCUUGCCAAGUAUAGGAUUUCUCGUAAUCAGUUAUUUAAAAAACCCAAGUGGUCAUUAGAUAUCAUACGUUUGAGUGCCAUUGUCACCCGUGUGUUAAUAAACACGUAAAUUUUCAUCGAACCGAAUAAAAUUCGUUUUAUUUGUCGUAACAAUACCAGAGCUCUGACAAUACGUAACGUAACAGGAUAACCUCAAUAAUGGCACUUCGUGCGCUAUGCUUGUUACGUUCUAGCUGCACAAACUGUGGGUCAGCAAGAUUUUUUGCAAGUGCAAGCAAAGGUGGUGGUGAUAUCGCUAUUGCCAAAAAGCCUCAACGAAGUUUGAUGUCCAGGGAGGAAGAAUUAGCUCAAGAAGCCAGAAAGGAAGCUACGAUUUUAGUAUCUGAAGUCGAGAAUGUUGGCCUCUGCUCUGGAGUCCCUGAACAACAUAUAAAGACUCGCACAGUUCGUAUUUAUUGCCCUCCAAAAAAUGCUAUGCAGUCCGGGACGAACAAUAUAAAUUAUUGGCAAAUAGACUUUGAUACGCGCGAACGUUGGGAGAAUCCUCUCAUGGGAUGGACGUCAACAGGAGACCCUUUGUCAAAUAUGCAAGUAGGAUUCAGUACGAAGGACGAGGCCAUUGCUCACUGUGAAAAAAUGGGAUGGAAAUAUUAUGUCCAGAAACCAAACAUAAAUAAUCCUAAGCCUCGUAGUUACGGUACCAAUUUCGCGUGGAACAAACGUACCAGAGUUUCGACUAAAUAAGGGGCAAUCGUCUGUUAGAAAAAGAAUUGAUACAGUCCUGUACAUAGCACUGAUGCAUAGAUGAAAUUAAAAUCUUGUAACCAUCCUUUUAAACUAUGUAAUAUAUUGUAAUGUUUAAAU